AGGGGACAGCGAUAGCUAAAUUCUUUUACACCAAAGACUUUCCAAAAGAACAUUGAUGCUGGCCAAAUUGCCAAAAACAUCUUUCAUAUACACUACUAGAAUUCGAACUCUUGACUAGAUCCUUAAACAAUCUAAUUAAAUCUCAACUAUCCUAGGUUUUGGAAACAUGCCUCUUUUUUUUCGUUAUAUACUUAAAAAUGCAGUUUUGGCCGGCAAAAGAAAGAGAAUCUUUUGGCCGGCAAAGGAAUCAAGCAACUCACAACUUGGCCUGUUAAACAAAAACUUAAAUCUCAUUCCCUUUUCCUAAAUUAAAUUCUUAAAGGAAGUAUUUAAUUUUGAUACAGGUGUAAAAUCGUCCACUCACAUUUGUUCUUUUGCAUGAUCAUUUAUGGAAUCAAUAUAAAAAGGAGUUAUUUUAACUGAUGUGAAAUUACGUAAUUACUUGUUCCAUGUAUGGUUAGAGACUUGUUUUCCUUGUGUAAAGAACAACACAAAGAAAGUUGAGUGAUUGAAGAAGCACAACAUAGUUCCUCAAACUAGAUUAGUUUAAUUCCUAUAGCUGUUGAUCUAUAUACUGUAGUAAAUAACAGACAUCUAAAAAUAGAAAGCAGUUGAUUUGCCGUCUCGACGAAUAUUUGCUAUAAUUAUUAAUUUGUAAAUUGGCCUUAUAUAGAAAGGGAUGAGAUAGCUUGGUACACCUUAAACAUCAUUCAUGAUGUGUAUACAUGAUGUUGUGGACCAAGCAAGGUUAGUGUGCAUUUAACUUCUAAGCACAUUCACACAAAGAAGACACUCAUUCAGAUCAGAGUGAAUAAAGAAUGGCUUCAUUUUCAGUAGAGGAAUUCAUAGGAAAUGGAGUUUUGAAGGAACUGCUUCCUAAUUUGUUGGAAGAAGGUUGGGAAGAUGUGCCAACCCUCAAGGUUAUGAAUUCAGAGGAUAUGGAUUCAAUGAACAUGACACAAAAACAAAAGGAGGCACUUGGAAUCAGGACAUACCUGCAUGAUUGCGGAUUGAUGCAAUAUGCAGAUAAGAUAGAGGCCUGCGGGAGAAGUUUGCCGGAGCUUCUCAAUUUAAGCACUAUAGAUCUUUCUGCUCAGUUUGACAUGAAGAGGGGUCAUAUCGCCCGCUUCAUCAACAGAACCAGAUUCAGUGACCCCCACGGAUUACAAGCACUCUCUGCUAGAAGAACCAGCAUGAGCUACAAAGAAGAUAGGAUCCCAAAGCGCCUUUUAUCUAAUGGCUCCAAUAGCAUGAUGAGAUCAAAUGAAUACUCACUGGCUGAACCUAAGAUUAAAGAAGGAUAUGUCUUCAAAGGGAUUGUGGCUAGUGAGCCAGCUGAUCCUAGAGCAUGUGGCUGCGUGAAACCUCCUCCAGCCGUUGACCAAGUUGCUCCAUAUUCUGCUAUUGAAAAUAUAUCAGUUCAAAAGCUAACACCGGAGUAUAAGAUUGGCAUGGAACCAUUGGUGAAAACCAAGACUCCUCCAAUGAAGGCUUCAGAACUAUGGCGACAUAAACCAGCUGUUUUCCUAUGUCUACGACGGCCAGGGUGCAUCAUGUGUAGAGCAGAAGCACACAAACUUUUCUCCCAGAAACCAAUAUUUGAUGCACUUGGGGUUCAACUAUUUGCUGUUCUUCAUGAGCACAUAGAGGCAGAGGUCAAAGAUUUCUGGCCUAGAUACUGGGGAGGUGUUGUACUUUUCGAUCGGGGAAGGGAUUUCUUCAAAGCUCUUGGAGGGGGCAAUCUGCUCAAGGAAAAGUUCCUAACGGGAUUUCUGUUGAAUCCUCGAGCAAUUUCCAAUUACAAGCGAGCCAAGAAUAUGGGAAUUCAGCAGAACUUCAAAGGCGAAGGCGAAAUAAAGGGUGGACUAUUCAUAGUAGGGAGUGGAAAGGGUGGAAUCGCUUACCAAUUUAUUGAGAGGAACUUUGGUGAUUGGGCACCCCUGGCUGAAGUCAUUGAGAUCUGCACUCAGAUGCAGGUAAUUAAUCAUUGUUUCCUCCUUUUCAAUAUGAUUGUUGGUCGCUAAUAAUAGUUUUCUUUCGGAUUUUACUAUAUUUUCUGAACCUGAUGCAGAACCAACAGCAAGGUUAGAGGGAGUUUAACCAGCCAUGAAACAAAUGCAUUCACUAGUUCACUAGAAUUCAGUUUCUUGCGAUAAUUCCAUCUCGACUACAGCCAGUACAAUGAUCUUUGCACUCUAGAAGUCUGAAGCAGCUCAAGUAGCCUGAAUUGAGCAACUCUACUUUGACUUCCAAUAUAAAUUAUGCAAAUCAGAUACAUUACUUUUUUACCUUUC